AUGUGGGUGCUUGCUGUUGUAGCUGUACUAAUUGUCGUCCUUGCAUAUGAAUGGAUAAGGAAAGUUCGUCGAUAUCCACCAGCUUUAAUUACCACUCUAUCAAGCCCAUUUAAGGAAUACGGUAAUGUCAUCACGAUCUGGUUGGGACCAUUACCAACUGUUCAUAUAUUGGACUUUGAAACAGCGAAGGAAGAAAUGCUCACUAAUGGUGCUGCUUACGUCGAUCGUUAUGCGCCGUAUAUGAUUGAUGUGAGGCGAGAGGGAAGAGGCACAGUGUUUUCAAGCGGAGAAUUCUGGGCUGAUCAUCGACGAUUCACUUUACGGACAUUACGUGAUUUUGCUCUCAAGAAUAGCAUAAUGGAGGAGAGAAUCAUGAGUGAAGUUCAGUCAAAGUGA